GUGAGUGAGAAUGAGAAGUUCUUUCUUUUGCUUGUCUGUUUUUGGUUUCUUGAGCAUCUUUUUGUUACGAACUUGUGAUCGUAAUCUUGCGAUUUGAGUCAGGCAAGGACUUGGGUACCAUCAGCAUCACUUACCGUCGUAUAUCUUGCUAUCCUUUUGUGAGGUGCUAAUUCUAAAGGUUGUUAAAGUUAUUUGUCGAAAUGACUGCUCCCAUGGAAAGGAUUCAAAUACUUGAUGAUAUUGAAAAAGAUAUAAUAACAUGUCUUCAAUGUGCAGCUCAAGCCCUGCUGGAGCUGAGCAAAGAAAAGUCGGGUCAGAAACAAGCGGAAACAAACACUUCACAAUUUCUGAGAACUUUGAGUCAAGUGGAAUCAAAGCUAAGUGAUCAGAUCAACUAUUUGACCCAAGUUUCUACUGGGCAACCUCACGAAGGGUCAGGUUAUGCAUCACAGAAAGUAUUGCAGAUGGCAUGGCAUAGACUAGAGCAUGUCCGCUCUUGGGUGAAUGAGCUGGACCGAUUGAAGGCUUCUCACCUAUCUGCUACGAGGUCCGUGUCAGGAAAUGUUCAGAAUGGCAACAUGACAUCUUCAAGCACCAGUACUUGAUACAAACUUUAAUGCCUUUAGUGCAAGAGACUAUGUGCAUAAAACUGCAUUCUUGUUAUCAAGUGUUUGUAAAUGUAUUCUGCCCAUGUGUCAAGACUCUUCUUUGUUUGAUUGAUAUAGAAAAUGCAAUAUUAUCUACUUAUUAACCUGUUGUGUGC